AUGGUCACUCUUAGAUCUGUUAUUGCUAUUGCAACUGCAAAGGGUUGGGUCUUGCAAAAAAUGAACGUGUACAAUGCUUUCUUGCAAGGUGAUUUAGAGGAGGAAGUAUAUAUACAUUUGUCACGGGGCUUCUCACAUUCAGCAGGAGCCAAGCUUGUAGGGGCUCCUAUUGAGGUAAAUCAAAAGCUGACCAUAUCUGAAUUUGAUCACCAAUUUGGUGUUGAAAAUGAUUCAUUGCUCGCAGAUCCUGGAGCCUACCAGAGAUUGAUUGGUAGGUUGCUUUACUUAAAAAUUACUAGGUCGGAUAUAUCUUUUACAAAAUCCAAGAAGCAAAACACUAUUGCUCAUAGUUCAGCUGAAGCUGAGUAUAAGAGCUUAGCUUCAACAGUGGCAGAGAUUAUGGGGUUGGUUGAUUUGUUCACUGAAUUGGGUAUCUCUCUCACUCUGCCUGCUCCACUCUAUUGUGAUAGUAAAUAA